AUGACCAAGCCCGGUACACCUCCUGUCCCCAAUGAGCCCAAUGCAAUCAUGAGCGACUUCGGCCCGAUACCCGCUCGCGACACCCGAAAUGACGACCGAGAAGCAUUAGAGCUCCAUUCGAUACAAACCCAAGAAGACAAUGAGCUAGACUACUCGACCCCAUCGGCUUCGUCUGGCGACGAGCAUCACAUGCCCACACGUCGGACACCGUCCCGAGCUGAUUCUCGGCGCUCACGCAAAGUCCGCAAGGGCCUUUGGGGCGGGAUUUGUCGGUUCUGGGGUCGACAUGUUACUCUGACCGUGCCGCAGAAGAGCAAUCGAGAUUACUUUGGUGCGUUCCACUGUGGAAACGUUGCUAGCAAUUUAAUUGACACCAUUAAAGCCCUAGAAAGAACAUUCCUUGCGUAUAUCCGCACGUCCACCGUUAUCGCUAUGCAAGGAGUGCUCGUUGCGCAACUUUUCCGUCUACAACGCCCAUUGACAAAAGUCGAUCGCCUGUCAUUUCACGAAGUCGGUAUCCCGCUUUCGGUUGCCUGCCACGGUGUGGCUAUUAUCGUCGCCUUCAUAGGUGCGGUCCGAUUCUGGAGACAACAAAAUGCUAUUGCUCGUGGGAAAGUGUAUGCUGGAGGGUGGGAGUUGAACUCGGUGGGGAUAUUCAUAUUCGCUGUUAUUGUGACGACCUUGGUUCUUACUGUUAUCAUCUUGAUCCAAAUCGAUUUGAGCUCCAGUGCGCUUCCUAAUCGAAUAUUAUGGUCAUGA